GUCUGAAAUUUUCGCAAAUCCCAGUCAACUGUCGAAUGUCGAGGUAACCGGACGCGGAAAACAACCCAAAGCGAGAACCCGAUACUGAGCGCACCAUCUUCUCGUGUGUGAAAGUGAUUCAAGCUCUGGGAAACAUCCUACAUAUCUUAAAGCAUUUUUUGCUGUAAAACUCACUGUGUGUAGGUGUAGAUGUGGGAAGAAUAUAAUCAUCAUUUCCUCCCGCAUCGGGUGUAUAUGAACUUAUUCCAGGAUCGUGCAUAAGUGGACGAAAAAAAGUUCUAAACUUUAAUGGAUGUUCGUGAAAGUUGGUCUUCUCCCAGCAGAGAAGAGGGUGGCAAAUAACCUCAGUGGAAGGAACAAACAAAAACCAAAGCCAAGUAAACAAUUUUUCUUCUGCAUAAUCGCGGCAGGAGGGAAAGUGGAGCAAGAAGCAGUAGUGGUAUGGUGAUUCCGGAAGUGCAUACUCCAUCGUUUUGGAUGCUUGCCGAUGAUACAAGUUUGUGCGACUGGGUUCACACUAGAGCACUUGCCGCAAUUAUUGGAUGUAUGUAAAAGUAGACACAAAUCUGCAUGGAUUAUACUCUUAGCAUAGGCCUUGACACGGGCGAUUCGUUUUGGCGUGUAUAGUGAAAGAAUCGAUGCUAUAGAUUGAAAAUUGUCAUGUUUAAAAUUAAGAUAAAACAUGUUUGAUAUACAUUAUGGUGAAUGUGAGGCUGUUCAGUAAGCCGAUAUGGAUUUCAUGGUAUGAGAUUAUUAAAAUGAAGUGAAGUGCUUACGAAAUCAGUGUGUUUGAAGAGCGGCGGAAUUAUAAUAUUGUCAAUUUGUUCCAAAGUUGCAAACAGGUGCAUAAAGUGAACCACAUUGAGAAGAAUAUUAAGUGAACACAAUGAUUUUUUCCGGAGGGAAAUAAUCAUACUACGAUCGAAAACAAUAUGCCGAAUAUGGGUGAAUCGAAACAUAUGUGAGCUGGAGAUGGGGAAAAUAAAGAAUAGAACGUCGCUGUUUAUAUGAACCUACGUAGCAUCUGUUUGGAUUUUUUGAAAUCCUUGAAGAUACACCGCAUAGCACAAAAUUCUCAGUAAAACUUUAUCACUAACCAGGACAAACGAGAGGUGAAGCGACACGAAAUUUCAGUAGUUCACAUACAGAAGUAGUUGUUUCAUCAUCUCAUAAACGAUAGUGAAACUACUGUGAGCCGUUAUCUCGGAACCAGAUUGCAAAGCGCAGACCUCCCAUUUGAUGUGAUAAGAGUAAUAAUAAUAACGAUAAUAAUAAUCGCUACCGUACAAAUAACAUCCCUGUGCAAAAUGCCGUCGGUAGUAUUUCGUCGCCGGUCGAUGAAACAUGUAAUCAUAAAUGCGUCAUGUCUGGUAAUUAUAUGCACAGCUACUAACGUUGCCACGCUACCGCACACUGUGGGGGUGGUGAACAUGGGAUUGAAUCUAGAAGGACAACACGGUGUCAGCAAGAAUGGCAAUGUUCAAUCGAUUUCUGACAUCGUUGGCGCCGGAAACAGAGUAGACAAUAAGCAGCAGCCGCUCGUCCUGCAUAGACGGUCGGUACCGGAUCGAGAACUUUAUGUGAACAACCACGAUAAAACUUUAUCUCCCGUAAAAGCUGAUUACGAUGUUAAGGAUUUCCAGGGCAAACGUGACGGUCGAUUUAGUUCAAAGAUGCGAUGGAAGAGAAACUCUAGCAACUCUAGUACAAAUAACAAUUUCAAUAUUCUAAACUUAUCUAACAAAAACAUUAGUGACUCGACGCGUCUGGCAGAUGAGAUAUCAAGUUAUACCCACAGGCGGAGCAAUUACGAGAUUAAUCACUACUACAAUCUCAGUGAAAUCAAUGCAUUAGACUUAUCUCGGAACAAUCUCUCCGAUGAACUUCCAGAGCAUCUGCAAGCAAACUUUUCGAUUCUCUCGUGGUUGGAUUUAUCGGAGAACAAUCUUAGCACAAUCGAACGAUUGAAUUUUCCAACACUGGAGUAUUUGAAUGUGUCUAGCAAUCGAAUAAAGUCAUUCUCCAGUUCCCAUCUUCAGUAUUUGACCAGAUUAGAUCUCUCGUGCAAUGUCAUUUCCAACAGUGCGCUCCUUUUGCCGUUCAUGCUGCGGAACCUAACCGAUCUGGAUCUCAGCUGCAACCAGCUGGAAAGUAUCGGGAGAGGUUUAUUUCUUCAUGCUCGCUCGCUGCACCGAUUGGAUAUCUCCGGCAAUGCAAUCAAGCGACUGAAUCGUUCCAUUUUCUACAAUCUCAUCAACCUCGAGUAUCUUAACCUGGCCGGAAAUCGGAUCGACGUUAUUGAAAAUGACACGUUCUCCUAUCUGCUGAAUCUUCAAUUUUUGGACUUAUCACACAAUGAGAUCGGACCGAGUUCCAUCCGAGCGCUCCAGGGCAUCCCGGCCCUGAUUGGACUCUCGCUGGCGAAUAACGCGCGACUCGGACAGGUGAUGCACGAGUUUGUCGCAUCGUGGAGUCUGAAAGAACUGGAUGCCAGCGGAACCGGUCUGUGCCAUAUCCCAACAGCACUGGCACAAUCGGUCAAAUCGCUCAAGCUAGCCAACAACCUACUGAACGUUAUUCGCAGCGGUGACCUCGACAGCUACCCACUGCUGCAGCAGUUGAUCCUGUCGAACAAUCUCAUAUCGGACAUCGAAGAUGACGCGCUUGGGCGCUUAGAACUGCUUACAACGCUUUUCCUGGACCGCAACCAGCUGACACGAGUCCCAAUUAGCUUGCCUUCGAAUCUAAUAUAUCUCCACCUGCAGAACAAUCAGAUCUACGAACUGCAUCCGAAUGUGUUUAGGAAUUUGAAAAACCUUCGGACCCUCAAUUUAGCCGUAAAUAGAAUCGCCUACUUGCCGGAGUUACCUCUGCCAGCUUUGCUGGAACUUAACGUAAGGCGCAAUGACCUGAAAAGAUUGAGUCAAUCGGUCGUAAAAACGUCCCCCAAUUUGAGUGAUUUGUUGCUAGAGAACAACCCGGUAAAAUGUGCCGACCUGCUUGGCAUUGCUGAGUGGGCUAAACCGUGUCGCGAUGAGAUGCUCUUCGAAGCUGGUGACAUGUCGCCCGAGCGCGACAACAGUGGGAAUGAGUUUGAAAUUUUUGCCAGAUUUGUGAACGGGUUCGGGCGUCCUGGCGGCUGUCGGAGGGACACAAAAAAUGUCCCAACGAGUGUGGCAACAAAAGCUGUGUUGCUUAGGUCCCAGUGUAAUGCUGAAAAUUUAAUUAAGAUGAACGUUUCAAAUCUUCUUAGGAGCAAUCAAACAACAGCGAAACAUUCAUCAAAAGAUGGUAACGUCAGCAUGCCAAUUACGCCGGUUGAUACAACAGCCUCCACGAUCGGUGAUAAGCUGCUGGAAACCAACAAAGGCAGAUUAUUAAACAGUUUAACGACUUUGGUGCCACUGUCUGUUCAUCAUCAAAAAACCAUAACAUCGUCAACGGGAAGAAUCAUUACCAAGGUGGAAAAGAAAGCAAAUUUAUAUGUUAAUUCAAGUGCUACGAAGGCGGCAAUGUUGAUUUUACAUCCCACCCUCCGCUCUGUAUCAUUAGAUGAUAAUCAUCGCAAUACCACGAUUAGUAGGAGCAAGAAGCAAAAUGAGCUCCACAUUGCAGCGAAUGACAAAAUCAGUUUGUUCCCGAACCAUACUUUGGCGAAGAAUGAGCGGCAGAACGAUGUCAUUCCUGGGAACAAUGAUAAAUUAGAAAAUAGUUCAAGUGUAAACAAAGCCGUCAAUUCAACAGCAAUAACACCGAUUAAUGGUGUGACCCGGAACGAACGUGACAAAGUUAGUGGAAAGAAUGAUAGAAGUGCAAAGGAUCGACUGCCGAAGGGAGGGAAAAAACUCAACACAAUUGGAUUAGUUCAACCUGAUUCGGUGGCAGUGGAAACGGGUCUGAAUCACAAGCAAGCGACAAGUACGAGUGACAAAUUGGUAGAAAUAACAGCGAGGAUGACGACGACGGAGCCAUCCUCCUCGUCAUUGUCAUCCUCGUUGACCUCGACGGUGGAAAAAUAUGAGCACCCAACAACAACUGUGCGAGCAAGGACGACAUCAACAGCAAAAACAACUGCAAUUCCUGCGACGACGGCACCGACGAUGAUGACGUUGGCGAUUGAAUCAAACGAUCCUUCCAUCAGUAAUAAAAACAGCUCUCAUCUGAAAAGCGCUCAACAAACAAACAGUGCUGCUGAAGGCAAUUUAAAACAAAACUUUCCACUCGUUACAAUUCCAUCGCCCACAGGAUUGCAGGUUCAGAAUGCAAACAUGGUGUCGUCUACCAACAGAGCGAAGGCAAAUGCCAGCCAGUAUUAUAACGUUAUCAAAACUCGCAAGAAUGUAAAUCAUUUGAAAAUGAAAUUAAAAUUUAACCGGGAUCAGCUGCACAAUGACGAAUUUCGCGACAAUUUCGACACCGAAAACCUCGGUUUGCUCGGGGGUAAUUUCGGUUAUGCCCAUGGCCACACAAAUGGCGCCCACAGGAAAAGCAAAUUUUCCAUAUAUGAUAGCAUCUAUAUGGCGUCGCUGAAAAAUGCCAACUACAAUCCAUUCCAUCAUUCCAUGCACGUACCCAACAUUAGUCGUCUCGCGUCCAGAACUCUAUCCGACGAAGCUAAUACCAACGAAGGUAUUCCGGCCACGUCCGUCGAAACGUCGUCAAAAAUUCUGCCCCAAGAAUGGAAUGACGUACGACCGGUGUCAAGUGGUGGGUCUCAUUACGGUCUAUUCAUUGUGGUCGGGACCACAUUCGGUAUGCUAAUUUCCUUCGGCUUGUUCCAUCUCUAUUAUUGUCGUGUCCGGCGGGGUCAACAUCUGCACGGACAUCACCACCAUUACCGGCAACAUCCGUCUGACCCCGACAGCAGUCAUAAUUUCACUCAUCAUCGCUAUUCAUAUGCAUUCGGGCAGGAUGAUAGCAACGAGCGACUAACCUACACGAUAUCGACCUCCGUCCUGGAUGGGCCAACGGAGAACACUAGUUCCCCAGUACAUCAGCGACACCAGCAACACAAGCAGCACAAAGAUGUUCUCCAUAUGAACAUGCUGAACCCGCUCAAAUCAAAACCAUUGUCCAGAAAUCCAAGCACUAGUAGUAGCGCUAGUAGCUGCUUCGAUAUGGACAGUAGUGCAUCCAGUAGUGAUUUGGGGAUGACACGCCCGACUGCUGCAAGCUGCAAGGAUGAUUAUUGUACCAAUAAUCAAGUGUAUCCCUGCUCGAACAGCUCGUCGUCGGGUCAGCAGCACAAUCGAAAUACUCCCGAUAAUCAUCGUAAUUUGCCGGGCAAGAGCACGACACAGCGAGACAGCGCCAUCGAUCGGUGGUGACGACGAUGACAAAGACGACAACUUCAUUAUUGUACAUUUAACGACGCUUACAGUGUGUUCGAGUGAGAGAAUAUUUUUCAAUAAAUCUGCUCUCUCGACGCCAAGAAUCAAUUACCACCAAAGUAAGGGGAAGAGGAGGAGCAGGAGGAUGGACCGACACCGAGUUGGGGAAAUAGAAAUUCAUAGCAGCCAGCAUUUGUUCUCCAUCCACAUAACAAACGUGUCUGCCCUGUCGAAGCCAAGGCUAUAUGAUUCCAAUUUGAGCGGACAUUCCUGGAACAUGGCACUGCUGCUGGUGAUAUCCUGGCGUAUAUUGUUUGAAUGUGACCGCCCCAUUCGUUCGGGGGUGUAUAUACACCGAGAUGUGUGCGUGCAUGGGAGGCUGCGAUUUAUAAUUGCGGUUUGAAAAGAUGCAUUAAAUGCAUUCCGACUAUGGUUAAGCUGCAAAUGGAAUAUAGCUCGGUAUAGUUCUCGAAGCCAAAGAGAGAAAGCACGGGUGUGUGAAUUAUUCUAAAUAAUUCGAUAUGUGAUCUGGGUGUGGAACGCAGGAAUAUGAAGAUAACAACAGAGAGUGAAUCAUGCGAUGCAGUGUGUGGUACGAAUGAAAUAUAAUUAUUAGGAAGCAGGUGAAAUGUAUCUUAUGCAGAAUGGGUCACGUUUCUACAAUCGACAUGCAGAGGUAUAUUUUUGUUUGCACAUCCAUAUUCUAGAUUUCGGUUUGAAAGUUCUGUUUAACCCGAUGCCACUUUAAUUUUCAUAAUUUUCACAAUUAUGAAAAAGGCAAGCCAUGUCAAGUUUCAGCUUUAAAUAGUCACAGUUUUCACUGCAUUCAAUAAUUAAACAUUGGCCAGUUUAACCCCUUCGCUACGAGUGUCGUCUAUAGACGACAUCCGCGCGAUGAGCUGUGUGUACGAGCGUAAUCUUUAGACGACAUGAGAGUGAUACUGCAAAUCGAUCACAGAAACGAGUUGUACAUACUUUUCGGCGCAGUGCUCCGUACAGCGGUAGCACUCCGGCAGAGCACACUGCCUUAUUGUGAAUGUGAAACACGGAAAAAAAAUUAGUACGAAGCUUCACUCUUCAAGUUUUUUUUAAUUAUUUUAACUUCUGUAGGUUGAAGCUAGUCGGUUAUUGCACGAACAUAGAGACUUACCAUAACAAAUCUUAUGUUGGUGGUUGGGACACCAGAAAGCGAACUCUGCUCCGAGCUCCGAGUCCCCUCUUCGUAAAUUGUUUGUGAAUUUUGUGCUGAAACGCACCCAAUCGACCCAUCACAAGUGUGACUCGAUAAGUAACUUCUUCACGUACGACCGUAAAUGGUUAGAAUUAACGAAAAUUGGAAGCAUUCCCAUUUCCCCAUAAAUUUGUUCUGCACAAUUGUGUGCUUACCUACCCGUACUGUCAAUAAGGUCCUACUUAUCCAUCUGUGGGUUACAAUAUCCAUAUACAACAGUGAAUCAAAUGUAGCAUUCGUUCUAUGGACACAGUGGAGAGAAGGAAUACUGCAACAUAAGCUCCUCCCGUUAGGCCUGAACAUGCAAUGAUUCCUCUAGGGCAGCUAUAACCAACCUACGGCACAGCAUUCAAGAUUCACCAAUCAUCGAGCUAGCGAGCUAGCAUACUUAAAAUUAAUUAUUGUUUUCACAUAUUCACGUUGGAGUGUCUUAACCCUUCUCUUCGUUUGCCGAGGCAUUUUUAUUGAAUGUAAUACUUUUCCGUUUACUAUUUUUGAAAGCAUAUGCAGCCGUAGCAGUGUUCCGAGCUCUGCAAUAUAAUUUUCUUAACCAAUGUUGAAGUUGCUAAGACUUCCAUUAUAGACCCAUUAAACAUAAAAAUAAUAAUUGUAUUGAUAUCAACACAAUUUUAUUUGAUUGAUUUUCAUGACAUGAAACGCUAUGACUCAGGAAUAACAUUUUAUUGAGUGGUUUUUAUAGCUGUUUCGAUGAUGUUGUUUGGCAUCAGUGUCGAAAACACAUGCCGCAAUGAUUUUAACCCACUACUGUUAGUAAUUGAAUGGUCAAUAUAUGGAUUUAACUGGCAGGGUCAAACAUUUUCGAAGACGAAACAUGGGAUCGACUCUCUUCUCAGUAGCUUCGCAGGACUACUACGGCAUUCGUCGUCAACAUGACUAGCUCAUCAUUCAUCCUCGCUCUUAACGCUCGUCAAUUCAUUUCUAGUUGAAGCAAUUUUUUUAUGGCUUAUUCUAACUGACGUGAUGAAUGAACUCAAAUCUGCCUCUUCAUUCAACCUCACUUCAUUUCACCACUACUACUUCACUCCGACAUAUGCCUCGUUGCCCGCGUACACAAUCUUUUCUUAACGUCCAUAUAAAGUGGAACGGAAACUUUAUUCCAGAUGCAAAAAAUAGUUACUCUAUUAAUGGAUGGCUCCAUUAUUUACCUACCGUGAAGUCAUCCACAAUUUGCGAAUGAUAGAGAGAAGCGAAUUCAGUCUGGGGGGGGCAAACUUCAUAGAACCCAAAUAACCUUUUGUUAAUGUUGACAGGGAAACUGCUGGAUGAAGCAAAAAUGAAUUUCCAAUUGAAUGCAAAGGCCGCUGUCUUCAUAGUCGCCUGACUAUCCCCAGUUGAAUAUGACUUUGCUGAGCCAUGGAACACUUAAAAAGUUUAAUUACAGUAAUCGUGUGCAUGAUUUUUCUGUUAAAUCUAUCUAUUUUCUUUGUUUUCAAUUUUAAAGCAAAAAAUCGCGUAUAUUGAUGUUGUUUACAUAUGUUCUUUUUUGCCGUUGCAUACAGUUGUUUUUGUCUGACCACACCGCUCUUCAAUAACUACUUUUUAACGUACUGCAAGUUGAUACAUCUCAAUCCAAAACAAACAUAAAUUAGGCAAUGAUUUUUUUCUUGAAAUGAAAAUGAAAAAACAAAAAAAAAAUUAGUCGCUGAACGCGACUGGAAGCGAAAAAGACAUCCGAAUGCAAAAGCAUAAAAAACGACAUUCAUCAAAGGGGAUAUUUUUUCAUCAAAAUUCUUGCUCAGCUUGUCCAGCUCGUGAAAAACAUACAAAUAUUUUCAUUAGAUUAUUGCUUGCGAGCAGCGCCCGUUGAACACAUAGUACCACCGAAUUUCUGUCGACAGCAUUGGCCGCCAAUCCUUGCUUUACUCAUCAUGCGCGAAAGAAUAGCCAAUAAAAUUUUUGUUACAUUGUUAGCAUUCCGGCUGGUGUCUGCUUUCGCUAGCAUGACGUUUUUCAUAUUCAGGGUGGUUUUACACUUUAGCCACACACAAUUAACGACCCGACAGUUCCGACGCUCACCACGAUCUUGGCUGCUCCAAGAGGGCUCUUACUGACAGAUUUCGUUUGGUCACAUUCAGCAUGGGAAUACCCUCGAUUGUUUCUGUUUGCUCUCGUUUGUUCGCGUCGUAUGCAUGCAAAAUUCCUGUGCCACAGGAAGUGUAGAGCUGGGAAGAAUGGACGGUUUGAACACUUUCCUGUGCAAAGUGAGGGCAACUGAACUUCGUUGUAUGGUCCACUAGUUGGGUAGCAGAAAGAAUGAACAAGUGGUAUUUUUUUGGUGCAGUUUUUCUUCAACCAGCCUGGACAAAGCGACGAAUCUAUAUUCUCGCAUGCUGAGCUCAGUAUUGCUUAAAAAAUUAAGUGAGACAUUUCAAACAUCCUUCAUUUGACUCUCUGACAUGUGUACUUCGCUUGUGAUUUCAAGCUUAUGAUAUUAGUUUUCCAAGACUGGAUGCGUACAUCAACCACGCCAAUGCUUUGGAAAAGAAAUCUCAAGAGAUAUACCAUAAAAGAUAGAAUCGUGAAGGAUGAACUGUCUUCAAUCCCCCCCACCCCCCAUCCGAGAACAUAGCUCAAACAAAUUUGUCAUGACAAUAUAAUGGCACAGCUGCGACGGCAUCUCUGGAAGCGUCAACUCACCGACGGAACCGAGCGCACGAUACGCACACACCAGGGCAGUAAACGGCAGCCAAUGGUUUUUCAUUUAUUUUGAGUGGAUACUUUUCGUUUUGUAGCCUUUUUUCGGGGUCAUCAUUCUUUUGUGCCUUUUUAGUGCUUCCACAGCGUGUUCGGUUGUAAAACUCCACAAACUGCCACCCCUGCUGCAUUGGGACACAGAGAACCUCAUCUCAAAACACAUUGACUGUACAAUGGCUCCCGACAGCAAGUCACAAAGAUAAGAACAUUCUGCGGAGCUAUGAAAUCGAAUAAUAUUGUAAAAAAGUAACUUAUAAAAAAGUGAAGCGAAAGGCGAAGGAGAGAAUAAUAACACAUAAAAACAACCCAAACUACUGAUAUCUGUGUUAAACAUAAAAAAGGUGAAUGAAGAAUUAGUUCUCUUUUAGGAAGUAUUUACAUGUUUUAUAUAUUCAUCGAGAAUCAGUAGAAAACUAGAAGAGAAAUGCAUCGUUGUCGGCAAAGAACGACUGUUGCUAGAGACUUUAAAAAUUUUCCCAUCUUCUACUAAAUAGAAUUUCUACGAUAAUGAGUACGACAGUAAAAUAAAUUACAAUACAUUAAACGUAAGCAUAACAAACAAAAUAGACAUAGCUCUGAGGAAACAAAUUUAACCAAGACUAGACGCAGCAAAAAACUAGAACUGUAUAUAGAUAAUUAAGGCGAAUAUGAUUGAGCUAUACUAAUGUUUUGUUAAUAUUUACUGAAUUGUGCAAUUUCUCCUGCUUUCACAUGUAACAACUGAUUGUGUUCUCUUACAUUCUGAUCUAUUUUUACGAAGUAUAAGUUUUGUUAAGCAACACUUGUUGAAGUUUACAUCUGUAUGGAAACAAUUAAAAUAUUCGUUUUGAAUUAAAGCAUUUGAAAUACAAUAAAUC